AUGUCCUCAAUUACAGUGAUUGACUUCUGCUCCAUGGUGGAUCGUCAGUCAUGCGGCCCUGGUCACUGCGUGAGACAGUUGUCAGGCAAUCGUUGCAAGUGUCCGCCUGGAUGGAUGGGUCGAAAGUGUGCAAGACCAUGUCAAGACGUAUACCGUAGUUGCAAGCGAUGGCGCGAGGAAGAGCGCUGCUCGUGGACGCGGCCUAUCUCACCGUUCUUCACAGACAACUGCGCACUCUCUUGCGGAUUGUGUCGCAGUAGCGGAAGAAGGUUACCGUUGACCCUGCCGCCGAUUCUCGACAAUAUCGCCUGGUUUGUCGGCAGAUGGGAGUGCAAAACGACUCAGGGCGAUAAUAAGACGGCAGUAACGAUGGAUGGUCGUGACGUGCACACCGAAGUCGGUUUUAUGACGACUAAACCAUUCAAAGAGGACACCGGAUUUGUCGAAUUCAACAAACCAGCCGAAGGCGAUGACCAAGUCGCUAUCGAAAGCGUGGGCAACAAUGGUCAGUGUUCAGCUCCAGUAAAAAACGGACUUUUGGCGUUAGAAUAUUAA